AUGUUGGGCCGUUUCGCACCGGGUGUAUGUACCCAAGUGACCAUGGUGGUCAAUCAGCAGCAAAACAGAAACAUGGCUACUCUUAAAGCCAUUUCUAUCCGUUUGAAAUCUGUUAAGAACAUCCAAAAGAUCACCCAGUCUAUGAAGAUGGUGUCAGCCGCUAAAUACACUCGAGCUGAACGUGACUUGAAGGCUGCUCGUCCUUACGGAGAAGGUGCUUCCCAAUUCUAUGAGAAAGCCGAGGUUUCAGCUCCUGAAGACGAGCCCAAACAGCUUUACAUUGCUAUCACCUCUGAUAGAGGUCUGUGUGGAGCUGUUCACACUGGAGUAUCCAAAGUGAUCAGGAACAGACUGUCGGAACCAGAUGCGGAUAACAUUCGUGUGAUCUGCGUUGGUGACAAGUCGAGGGGAAUAUUACAGAGAUUGUAUGGAAAGCAUAUCAUUACUGUUGCUAAUGAGAUUGGUCGUCUGCCCCCAACUUUCUUAGACGCUGCCAAAUUGGCCAAUGCCGUCAUGAACUCUGGAUAUGAUUUUGGUUCAGGAAAGAUCAUUUACAACAAGUUCAGAUCCGUUGUUUCCUAUGUCCAGGCAGAUUUGCCUGUUUUCAGCAAGAAAGCUAUCGAAAACGCUCCUAAACUGGCUGUAUACGAUUCCCUGGAUUCCGAUGUUCUUCAAUCCUAUAUGGAAUUCUCACUUGCGUCUAUGCUAUUCUACGCAUUGAAGGAGGGAGCUUGUUCUGAACAGUCAUCUCGUAUGACUGCUAUGGAUAACGCUUCGAAGAAUGCUGGGGAAAUGAUUGAUAAGCUGACUUUGACCUUCAACCGCACUCGGCAAGCAGUGAUUACAAGGGAAUUGAUUGAAAUCAUUUCUGGAGCCGCCGCUCUCAACUAG